GAAGCCACCCAAUAGGCUGUCUCUCACAGUUAGAGGCAAUUUGGAGAUUCUGGAAAUAGGUGCUUUUCAUAAGACCUUUGCUGCUGUGACUUUCUUUUUCCGUCACCAGGGAGAGGACCUUCUCCUCAGGCUUCUUCAUGUAUGUUCUUCUUGCUUGGCCAAGACAGCAGUAGGACAGUUAAAGCGUAAACAUCUGGAAACAAUCAGAAGAACAGCAUGGGAGAACCUGAGCAAAGAGGUGCAACCCAUGGGGUCAGAUGCUUUUCCAAGAUCAAGAUGUUUCUGUUGGCAAUAACAUGUGCGUAUUUUUCCAAAUCGCUCUCUGGAGUUUACACGAAUUCCAUGCUCACACAGCUAGAGAGACAAUUCAACAUCCCCACAUCAAUAGUUGGAUUCAUCACUGGGAGCUUUGAGAUUGGAAACCUUUUGUUGAUUAUCUUUGUGAGUUAUUUCGGAACAAAGCUGCACAGACCUAUCAUGAUUGGUGUUGGAUGUGCACUUAUGGGCCUCGGGUGUUUCCUAAUGUCUCUACCUCAUUUCCUCAUGGGCCGAUAUGAAUAUGAAACAACGAUUUCACCUGCAAUCAACUUGUCCUCAAACAGCUUCUUGUGUGUGGAAAACAGAACCCAGACCUUGAAACCAACGCAGGAACCAGCAGACUGUGUCAAAGAAAUUAAAUCAUUAAUGUGGAUAUAUGUAAUGGUAGGAAAUGUUAUACGUGGAAUGGGUGAAACUCCCAUCAUGCCUUUGGGUAUUUCCUACAUAGAGGAUUUUGCCAAAUCUGAAAACUCUCCUCUGUACAUUGGGAUUUUAGAAACUGGAAAAGUCAUUGGCCCUUUAGUUGGACUUUUGUUGGGAUCCUUCUGUGCAAGCAUUUAUGUAGACAUUGGUUCUGUGAAUACAGACAACCUGACCAUAACUCCCGCUGACACACGCUGGGUCGGUGCCUGGUGGAUGGGCUUUCUGAUCUGUGCAGGAGUGAACAUCCUCACCAGCGUCCCCUUCUUCUUUCUUCCCAAAACACUCCCAAAGGAAGGAAUAAAGGAUAAUGUGGAUGAAACUAAAAAUGGCAGAGAAGAGAAGCACAGAGAAAGAGCCAAGGAGGAAAAACACGGAAUCACUAAAGAUUUUGUGCUGUUCAUGAAAAGCCUGUCCUGCAACCCGGUUUACAUGCUUUUCAGUCUUGUAAGUGUGCUCCAGGUCAAUGCGUUUAUUAGCCUAUUUACCUUCAUGCCUAAAUACCUGGAGCAGCAGUAUGGAAAGUCAACUGCAGAGGUGGUCUUUCUCAUAGGUGUUUAUAACCUACCUCCAAUAUGCCUCGGAUAUUUACUUGGUGGCUUGAUUAUGAAGAAAUUCAAGAUCACUGUCAAGAAAGCUGCGUACAUAGGGUUCUGCCUAUGCCUGGCUGAGUACCUUCUAUCUUUCUGUAACUUUCUGAUAACCUGUGAUAAUUUCCCAGUCGCCGGCUUAACUACCUCUUAUGAUGGAAAUCAGCAGCCUCUACAUGUGGAGAAUAAAGUCCUUGCUGACUGCAACACAAGGUGUAGCUGCUUAACGAAAACAUGGGAUCCAGUGUGUGGUGACAAUGGCAUAGCGUACAUAUCAGCCUGCCUUGCAGGCUGUGAGAAGUCUGUCGGAACAGGAAUCAACAUGAUGUUUCAAAACUGCAGCUGCAUUCACUCAUCAGGAAACUCAUCUGCUGUCCUCGGGCUGUGUAAGAAGGGCCCUGACUGCACUAACAUGCUGCAGUACUAUUUAAUCAUGACAGUAAUUGGUUGUUUCAUCUACUCUCUAGCAGCCAUUCCUGGGUACAUGGUUCUUCUGAGGUGUAUCAAGUCUGAAGAGAAGUCACUUGGCAUUGGAUUACAUGCAUUUUACAUAAGAGUAUUUGCUGGCAUUCCUGCACCAAUUUACUCUGGUGCUUUGAUAGACAGGACCUGUUUACAUUGGGGAACUCUGAAAUGUGGUGAGCCAGGGGCGUGCAGGAUGUAUGAUAUAAAUAGUUUCAGGCGCAUUUACCUUGGGUUGCCUGCAGCACUAAGAGGAUCAAGCUUUCUCCCAGCAUUCUUCAUCCUAAUACUUAUGAGGAAGCUCCAACUCCCUGGGGAAAUUGACUCUUCAGAAACUGGACUUGCAGAGAUGAAGCUCACAGAGGAGAAAAGCAAAUGCCUGGAUGAGCACAGAAGUCCUGAGGUUGACAACGAUGCAGAACUGAAAACUAAGAUGUAAUGAGUUUUCUACUGGCCUGUGCAAGCCCAUGAAGAGAAUGUACAUCUCAUUCGUUUUAAAGCAUGAGAGGUACUGUAGGAACUCUUAUUUUUAAGGGCUUCAAAAUUUGCUUUUACUCAUGAUAAAAAUAUUUACUGAUAGCAGUUUCAGAACUUUAGGGGUAUCACUUAAGAUUUUUCUCAGGGAAGACUUCCAUGGCUACCCCCACACUGAACUUUAAAGCUGCCUUCAUUUUCAAAGUUUUCUUUUAACUUAAUUGAAGGAAGUGUGUGUUUCUCACAUAAUUUCAAAAAACUUUAAACAUUUCCUAUUUCCAAAGCACUAUUUGUUUUGAAUUUACACUUUGAUGCUGGAGGGAUUUAGUGCUGAAAAUAUGUAAUCUGGUUGUGCCACAUUGAAAUAAUUUGUUUAACUUUAUCCUUUAUAUGUGCAAGAUGUCUGCACAGGUCUCUAAUUAUUCAGGAGCUAACUCUGUCUCUCUGUUUUCUUUUUAAUUGUAGACAUUAUGUUUCCAAUAUUAGACUUCUCAGUUGUGUGUCAUCUCUUGCUUUCAAUCCCUUGUAUCAUUGCUCAUGUCCCAGAGCUGAUCAUUUUGUUUAGAACACUGACAGACAUAAUGAUAUUAUUAAAGAUCAUGUAGCAAAGACAGUUCAAACUUUUUUCUAGCAAUUCAAAGCUAGUCAUGAAAGCCUUUUUAAAAAAUCAAGUAUUUGAAAUAACUCGUUCUUUCAAAGGUCCUUUGUAGAGAUUGGAUUAUAUCUCAGUGGUACAAUGAUUUCCUAGUAUGUGCCAGGCCCUGGGUUCAACCACAAGACAGAGUUAACUACUGACAGAACGAAAUAAAAUAAAAUGAAAUAAAAAACAAAUUAAGACUGAGUGUUGUUGGAGGUUGGUCUGUUCGCUGCUCAUAUGAGUAGACUCACAUCCCCCAAAUGUUUGUAACCUUGCUUAAGACCUUAU